CGCUUCAUUGGGUUCUGCCCUGUCGGAUCGGGCAAUCUUGGUGGUGGGGCAAGGAUAUUGGAAAUGUUAGUUACAAUGGCAUGUGUGAACGCAUAAAACGGUGGCAUCUCAGAAACCGAACUUGCGGUGCAAGGUUAUGGAAACUUCUCAAGCAAGGCAAAAAGUCACGAAGCUUUUUGCAUCUGUUUGAUCCAGAGGCAGACUUAGUCAAUAUGAAGCAAAAGAUAGUGAUGAAGACACAUAUGAACUGCCAGAAAUGCAGGAGCAAGGCACUCCAGAUUGUUGCAGAAGGAGAAGGUGUGGACUUUGUGGCGAUAGAAGGCGACCAGAAGGACAAGGUGGUGGUGAUCGGAGUUGGAGUCGAUCCCAUCAAAUUGACCUGUAAUUUGAGGAAGAAGGUUGGCCCUACGGAUAUUAUCAGUGUCUCAGAGGUGAAAUCUAAGUAAAGAGCCCAUUCUCAUGGAACCAUUUCUUCCCUGAUAGUUUAAUUUUGAAGGUUGUUGGGAUGACAAACAUUCUGUAAUUAUUAUCCAUAUGUAGACCAACAUGAUGAGGCCUACAUGUUGGUAUUUAAAAGGCUUUUGUGCAGUCAAACGAAAUCUUUUCCACCUUUAACAAGCUUGUAAGCUUUUUCCUUUUCAUCUAUGGAAGGGUUUUAAUAUUUUAUAAUGAAUAAAAGUAGACUCAUGUAAGGA